AUGCCCGCCCCCAUCGAGACCAUCGUCGAGCCGGUCGUGCCCGUGCGCGACCUCCAGGCCGACGAGGAAUACGUGAUCAACGCCUUUGAGCGUCACGCAAGCCACUGCGACCAGUGCGUCGACCCGUUGCAGGUCCACAAGGAAGACCGUUCUCUCUGCGAGCGCGGUCAUCAGUACGCUCUCGACGUCGCCGACUACAUCUACAGCAAGAACGGCAAGGCCUACUCCGUCGUCGACCGCGAGGCCGGCCAGCCCACGUUGGUCAAGGUGCCGCGCAACUGCAGCGCCGUCCGUGGUCUCCUCCUGGCCAUCGAAGACGGUCUGCGCGUGCAGCGCGGCGCCGACAAGGCUCCCGCUGUGCAGCCCCCCGUCAUCAGCUACGACCGGACCUACCCCAUUGCCCCGCGCCGUCCUACCAGCCAACAGUCCGUCGUCUGCAACGAGAUCAUCGAGCGCGAGCCUCGCUCCCUCAAGCCCCGUCGGGUCAUCGUCUACCCGUCCCCGCGCAGCUCGCCCAGCCGCGGCUCCCUCUACGACGAGGACGAGGCCGAGCGCAUGGAGCUCCACAAGGAAUCCUCCCGCAUCUACCGUCGCAGAGAGUACCACCGUUGA